AUGAACCCCCAGUUGCUGUGGAUCCUGCUUGGCACCCUGCUGGGGGCAGCGUUGGGAAACCGCAUGCGAUGCUACCACUGCAGCGGCAGCGGCCCCAGCAGCUCCUGCAAAGAGACCGUGACAGUCACCUGUGACGAGGGCGAACGCUGUGGCUUCCUGGACCGCAAACCCCAACCAGGCCUGGGACAAGUCAAGAUAUCUGGGAACCCCUCCAUGACCUUGGGCCAUCAGCAUCCGGCCUGCGUGGCUGUGCAUCGUUGCAAUCAAGUAGAAGUGGAGUCGGUGGGAGACGUGACCUAUGAAACCCACAGGAACUGCUGCUUCGGAGACCUGUGCAACAGCGCCGUGGCAAGCACCGUGGCUCCUGCAUGCAUCUGGGCUGCAGUAGCCACCACCCUGGCCUGGCUCUUGCCGGGACUGUGGAGCGGGUAG